AGUGUGACACAUGGAAAAGCCAAAACAUAACAUGAGCAGCGUUAGCUUUCCUUCAGCUCUAGCGAACUUGAAAACGAGAAAGGUUUGCGGGCUGAAUAUGUGAGUGUUUGUAGUAAAACAUGUCUUCAGUUCAGCUCCAGAACGAGCAGCUAAAUCCUGCCGAAGAAACAUCUUCAGAGUUUGAAGAAAUCAUCGUCAAGUCCGAGGAAGAGACGGAUGGUCAGAGUGGACUGCUGGAUUUAACCCGGACUCCUCGGAUCACCUCACAACAAACAGACCUGCCUCAACAUUACGAUUUUCAGGGGGAGAAGAUUUUUAAUGACCAGUACCAGCGUAUCCAGGAGUUGACCUCUGGUUUAGACCAGAAGGAACUACAAGGUCCACAAAUAAAACAGGAGUCUGAGGAACUAAUGCAUCACCAGAUAAAAGAGGAGCAAGGAGAACCAGAAAAUCUUCAAAUAAAAGAAGACCAGGACGAUCUGGAACAUCUCCCGAUUAAAGAGGAGCAGGAGGAAAUACUGUGUGUGCAGAUAAAAGAGGAAGAGAAAGAAUUUCAUCCUGGCUUUGUGGGACAAGAUGAAGAACAGCUUUUGCUGAAAGAGCAGACUGAUACCUUAACGGCAACGCUGACUAACGAGGAAAAAUGCUGCAGUGAAUCAGCACCAAACAGGAACCAACACAACUCCUGUGAUCUUCCUGAAGCUCAGAACCAGGAAGGAAGAAUGCCAGAGGAUUCAGAAUCAACAAGAGGAGAAUUACCAAAACAAAAUAAAAGACUUCAGAAAACCAGAGAGCAUAAAAACAACGUUGACAAUGCAAAACAAAAAAGCGUUAAAAAAAUAUCUUUAGGUAAGAGCAGGUAUUCUUGUAAAACAUGUAAUGAAACAUUUUUUCAUAACAGCACGUUUAUUAGACAUCUGAGAACUCAUACAGGUGAGAAGCCCUUUUCAUGUACAAUCUGUGGAAAAUGUUACAGACAAAAGGGUCAUUUAACUGAUCACAUGAGAACUCACACAGGCGAGAAACCCUUUGUGUGUAGCAUUUGUGAAAAAAGCUUCAGUCAAAAGAGCCAUUUAACGAUUCACAUGAGAAUUCAUGCAGAUGAGAAGCCUUUCUCCUGUGUGGUCUGUGGAAAGAAUUUUAGCCAGAAGGGUCAAUUAGCUUAUCACAACAGAAGUCACACAGGGGAGAAGCCUUUUUCGUGUAUUCUUUGUGGAAAAUGUUUUGGUCAAAAAAGUAGUUUAACUUAUCACAUGAGAAGUCACACAGGUGAAAAACCUUUUUCAUGCAUAAAUUGUGGAAAGAGUUUUAGUUUGAAAGGCAAUUUAAUAUAUCACACAAAAAAUCACGCAUGUGAAAAGUCGUUCCACUGUGUAACUUGUGGAAAAAAUUUCUGUAAGAUAGAAAACUUUACAACUCAUCUGAAAAUUCACACAGGUGAGAUGCCUUUUUCAUGCAUCACCUGUGGAAAAUCAUUCAGCCAAAAAAAAAGUUUUAAUACUCACCUAAGAACUCACACAGGUGAGAAACCUUUCACAUGUAAAAUCUGUGGGAAAAGUUAUAUUCAAAAAAGUAGCUUAACGUAUCACAUGAGAAUACACUCGCUUGAGAAACCGUUUUCAUGUAUUACUUGUGGAAAAAGUUUCAGCAAAAAAGAUAUUUUCAAAUCUCAUUUGAGAAGCCACACAGGUGAGAAGCCUUUCUUGUGUAACACAUGUGGAAAACAGUUUACUCGCAAAAGCUUUUUAACAGUUCAUCUAAGGGUUCACACUGGUGAGAAGCCUUUCACAUGUUCUACCUGUGAAAAAUGUUUCACUCGGAAAAGCUUUUUAACAGUUCACAUGAGAACCCACACAGGUGAGAAGCCUUUCUCAUGUUUGUCCUGUGGAAAUACUUUCAGGCAAAGGGCUCAUUUGAUUUGUCACAUGCGAACUCACACAGAUGAGAAGAUGUAAUUUGGUGAAUGCUUUGAAGUUUUUUAAUAUCUAGGAGCUUGGGCACGUUUUUAGAACCUGAAGUAACCAAAACGUAAAAAAGCUUCACAUUUAAAAACAAAUAUUGCAAAAAUACCUUCAUAAAUGUCUAAACAUUUUUAAGCAUGUAAUGUAUUUAAUAGUGUACAAUGCUUGCAGUUUUUUAAUAAAUUAAAGAUGUUUUUAAAGCAAAACAUACCAUUUUC